CUCUUCAGGCAUCAUAAAGGGUACUCCAUUUCUCUGAAGUUGGGAAUUAGGUUUUCGGCCAAAAUCUCCAUCUCUCUCAUGGCGAAUCGAACAGAUCCCCUCGCCAAGAGCAUAAGGGGUACAAACCCCCAAAAUCUGGUGGAGAAGAUUUUGCGGACCAAAAUAUACCAGCACACUUACUGGAAGGAGCAAUGUUUCGGGCUGACGGCGGAGACGCUCGUCGACAAGGCCAUGGAGCUAGACCACCUCGGCGGAACUCACGGCGGCACCCGGAAACCCACCCCUUUUAUGUGCCUUGUUAUGAAGAUGCUCCAGAUUCAGCCCGACAAGGAAAUCGUCGUCGAGUUCAUAAAGAAUCCCGAGUACAAAUAUGUUCGUGUGCUUGGAGCAUUUUAUCUGCGUCUAACGGGAAUGGAUGUUGAUGUUUACCGUUACUUGGAACCUUUAUACAAUGAUUACCGAAAGCUGAGGCUCAAGCUAAAUGAUGGAAAAUUCACAUUGACGCAUGUUGAUGAGUAUAUUGAUGAGCUGUUGACAAAAGACUACUCAUGUGAUAUCGCACUGCCGCGAAUCAAAAAAAGAUGGACUCUUGAAGGACUUGGUUCGCUUGAGCCUCGAAGAAGUGCUCUUGAAGACGAUUUCGAAGAGGAAGAGGAAAAAGAAGAAGAUGACCAACUUGCUGAUGGAUUAGAUUCUGCUGCCGAUGACAAGGAUUACUACCGGGCACGAAGUCCAACCAGGGAAAAAGAUCGAGAUAGAAAACGUGAUAGUCACAGAUAUAGGGACCGUGACUAUGACAGGGAUCGGGACUAUGACAGAGAUAGAGAUAGGGACUACGAAAGAGAUUAUGAUAGAGACCGUGGAAGACGAGACAGAGACCGAGACAGGGACAGAUAUCGCCUAAGAGACGAGAAAGAUUAUGGGCGUGAUAGAGAGCGAGAUAGAGAAGGCAGAGAGCGUGAAAGGCGAGAGAGGGACCGUGGGAGGAGGAGGAGCCAUUCAAGGAGCCGCAGUAGAAGUAGAGAUCGCAAGGAUCGUGAUGGUGAUGAGCGUCGCAGACGGCACCACUCCAGCACGAGCCCCAAAAGACGAGGAGAGGCACCUGAGGAUGAGGCACCGAAGAAGAAGAAAGAGAAGAAGGCAGCAAAGAAAGACGAUGGAACAGAUCAUCCAGAUCCUGAGAUUGCAGAGCAGAACAGGCUCCGAUUGUCUCUGGGAUUGAAGCCUUUGAGGGUCUGAAACAAUCAAUGAAUGCUUGUAAUGUAGAUGGAUGAAUCUUAAAUUUGUAUUGAUAUGAUGCUUCAGUUUGUUCAUCAGUACACAAGUUUUUCAUGAAAAUGUUGAAAUUAGAAAUUCAUUGAUUA